CGCGCGGUUUGCACACAACAGAAAGCUGCGCCGCAUUCUUCGCACAGACAGGGGCAAAAUUUUCACAACGAAAUGGAAGUUACAAAAGCUACUAUAGGCUCUGAUGCGUGGAAAAAUGCAAGUAUAAGAAACAUAAGGCUUUCUCAGACAGUUCUCAACCGCAGCGACAAAGCCUGUGAGCUGGGACAGCAGUUAGACCCCUUGCCAUCGCUAAGAGACACUAGUAUACAACAGAGCAAUGCCAGAAUACAUGCCUAUGUUCGAGCGACAAGGGCCGUCUUAGUGAAGCUCCGAGAAAGUUUGUUGGACACGAAUGAAGAGAUAAAAUCUCUGCUGAGAGGAAAGGAGGAUUUAGAAAAGACCCUGGAACAUAUUCGGAAAGAUAUUAUCUUAAACACACGAUCUACAAUGCAACGACAGACGAGACCGCCACGAGAAAAGGACUUUGAUGGGGCAGAUGACCUCCUUGCAGCUGAGCGCAAACAUUUACUAAAGCUUAAGCGAAUUCUGGAGGCCCAGCUUCGCUCCGUUCAGAAACAGCUUCAAGUACUUGAUGGAGCCAGGAAAAGACUCACUGCCUCCUUACAAGAGAGAUCAAGGGUACUAGACCUUAUAUGCCAUGCUGUCUCUGCAGUUCGUGGUGCAGGCAUCAAGGAUCAGGCAGAAAAGCCUGUCACACCAUCAGUGGAACCACUGGGUCCUUACACUCCCGAGUGUGCAAGAGUGAUUUCAACUGCGGCAGAGGCACGGCAGAGGUCUACUAAUUUGCGCAAGGAAGUGGCGGAAGCCAUUGAGCAGACAGUUAAGCUACAGAAGGCAGCUCAUCAGUCUGUGAAUGAUGGACUGACACAGAAAGUUGCUGAGACAGUUACCAUGAAGCAACAUCUUUUGGUUGGUGCGGGUGAAACUCGUAUGGCUAUUCAUCGAAGUCAUCGCUGGUAUGAUGCCACAGAAAUGGCACUUGGAUAUACACUGGGACCUGUUGCCUAUUCUGAUCUUACCACUCGUGAACGUUUGGACCGCCCAGCAGCGCAAGUCUACCAACGUCAUCCUGGUAACCAACUGCCUGAAGCACGUGAGAUUGUCAAGGGAGGACAGGGUCUGCAGGAGUCUUUGAAUGCCACAGCUCGCAAUGUUGGUCUCUUGAGACUUACCAAGAAGAGGGUUGAUGAUGAUGCAAGGGAUAAACAUCAUGCUGCCUUGAUUGAUGCUAGCAUCACCCGCACACGCAGACGUUUAGGAAAUCACCGUUGGGUGAUCAAUGGUGUUGGAUGUUAACUCCUGGUGGCCAAAUUUAGUCUCUGUAUAGAAAACUUUGUGGUUGGGAUUGACAACAAGCUUUUUACUGGUUACUAAAUUAAAUCCAAUUAUCUCCUAAAACAACUUUUGUCUCUACUGAAACUUUUCCCCUACUGAUUUUACUAUGAAAAUACCUUUUUCACUGCAGUGAUUAAACGCGUGGUUAAGUUGGUUUGAUUUGCAAGAAAUAUUAAUAAUAUAUAUGAAUAAGAAUUCAUUGGAAAUUUAUCUUGAAAUUUGGCAUUCAAUGUUUGGUUGCACUAUGAAUAAGCUGAAUGAGAUGUAACCAGAUUUAUCACCCUUACCAUUAUUGGCAUGGAAAUGUGACUAUUAAGGAAAUAAAUAUGUUUCCUUUAAGGCUUGAUUUGUAAAUAAUAUUCACCGAGUGUCUCUAAGAUUAGUUAUUUAUGAUGAUGAUGGUUGACAAAGUACCACAUAUCAGAUUAGUUUAUUCCAAUUUACACUUUAAGGGCUAAUAUGAAAUAACUAAUUUCCAAUUGAUGCCUCUUCGGUGGGGGGGGAG